CGAACGAUACGCGAAUAGGGAAGGUCACGGCACAGCUUUCCGUAAACAGCAAGGUGGCUAGGUGGAUUUGUGUCCCAAGCAGAAGCAAUCAGUGCCGCACUUCUGCAACAACAGGCCGACAGUGACAGUGCGCGUGAAUUGCGAACGACGAAUCGUCUAGCGUGUGGUGCGUUUCGGAAUCGGAAAUGGUCUCUGCUGGCCAAUAAAGCCCGCAAUUCAGUUGUGUAAAGAGUGUUUACAGUAAAUAUUAUUAUGGUUCUCCGCUAGCAAGCAAGGAAAUGUGUUCCUUACGUGGUUUACCACACUCGCUGUGACAAGUGUUUUGCUUCCCAGGAUGAAAAGUGUGCUGUACCAAUCCCAUCCUACCCUGUAGCCCUUCGAUAAAGCGGUGCAUCGUCGUGUUCUUUUCUGAGGCGUGCUAUACUACGACAGCUACUCACAGCCACCCCUAUUGCUUCAAUCUCUGUGCUAUCUGAUGCAGUCCGGGUUGCAUCCUGCUGCCGGUGAAGCUCGUGGUAGCAUGUGUGUAGUACGGUCGCCGUUGGUGUGAGAGUGCCUUUCUACGCUUUGUCGGACGAUGGUGCUGCAGACAGGAACGAUGUCCCUUCGGCAACCGCUGCGUAACGUCAUCGGUACACCGUCAUCCACCGUCUGGCGGUUGCUCCUGGUGACGGUUCUGCUCUGUGGAUUACCCCGACCGGUUGCCGGCUACUUCGAUCUGUUUCUCAACCACUCAGAAGUGAUCAAGCUGAUGGGUAUUGAGGCAGAUCUGUUCUACGUACGCGAUGGUGCUGUCAACGAUUAUGCCAUGAGCUUCGUUGUACCAAUGAAGCCUGGCAUCGAUUUUUUACGCUUUUCCUGGCAAAGUCGCACCGCAUAUCCGCUUCCCUACACGAUAUCGGUCCACUACGAUGACAACGAAGGUGCGGUACAGCAUCCCGAGCUAGACAUUCCGACCAGUGGCAUUAUCCCGCGGACGGUCGAAAGCUUCACCGUGCAUGUGGUGUGCUGGGGAAAUGUCACCAAGGAGGUACCGGUCGGCAUUCAUCUGCACGUCGAGGGACCGCCGAAGCAUAAUGACACGAAAUUGAUUAUCAAGCGUAACAAAAUUUGCAUCAAAGGUAUGCACCCGGCAAGGAAUCGUCUACCGGCGGCAGAGAUCGCACCACAGCAAGGACCGGCCCUGUUGGGUGCGGCCGCCUGUGCCCUCGGGCUGGUGCUGGUAGUCGGGCUCAUCGCCAGUGCCAUGUACGUUCGGGCGCGUAAACAAAUACGGCAGGAUUCGUUACACACCAGCUUCACCACGGCGGCAUACGGUAGCCAUCAGAAUGUUUUCAUCCGGCUGGAUCCCUUGGGACGUCCGCCCAGCGCUAACAGUGGUUCCUACGCAACGAUAGCGAGCCUCAACAAAUAUCCUAUCAGCGAGUCGAAAAAGUCGUGGUUUCGCAGCACCCCUUCACCAUCGCCGUACGCGACAGCUCUUCUGCCCUUAGGGCAAAACGGAGCCGGAACGGGGACGGAAUCGGUUUACGCCAAGCCCGAAUCGGUCUGUCCAUCCCGGGUGUCCUACUACGCUUCAUCCCAGCUAACACAGGUCUACAGCCUAUCGACGCCAGCGCGAAGCAUCCACAGCAAUGGCUCGAACCCGAAGGACAAGCUGAGACGGAUUGCCGUGUCGCCGGGCACCAUCAUCUGCCAGCAGCUUGUGCAGGAGGGCACGUACGGCCGGAUCUACAGCGGUAUCCUACACCAUCCGCUGGGUGAAACGCGUGACGUGCUGAUCAAAACUGUGGUCGACGGUGCCUCGCUAAGCCAGGUGGCUUAUCUGCUGUCGGAAGGAUCCACCCUGUGCGGGAUCUCCCACCCGAACAUCCUGUUCCCGGUGGCGGCCGUAACCGAGCUGUCGGGGCCACCGAAAGUCGCCUAUCCAUUGGCAGCCAAAGGAAACCUCAAACUCUACCUGCAAAGCUGCCGGGAGAUCGGAAUUCAAAAUUCGCAGCUCAGCACCCGACAGCUGGUGGAGUUCGGUCUGCAAGUAGCCCGUGGCAUAUCGCACCUCCACUCGCUCGGCGUACUGCACAAGGACAUCGCAACCAGGAACUGUGUCCUAGACGUUGAGCUGAACGUUCGUGUUUGUGAUAAUGCGCUGUCGCGUGACGUCUUCCCGAGCGACUACCACUGUCUGGGGGACAACGAGAACCGACCCAUCAAGUGGAUGGCACUGGAAACGCUCGAGAAGAAGUUCUUCACCGCAUCCAGCGACAUCUGGAGCCUUGGGGUGCUGCUCUGGGAGCUGGCAACGUUGGCCGCGAUGCCAUUCGAGGAGGUGGACUGUUUCGAAUUAUCGGCUUACCUGCGGGAUGGCUAUCGGUUAGCACAACCGGUCAACUGUCCGGAUGAGUUCUAUACGGUAAUGUCCUGUUGCUGGCUAGCGGACUACAAGCAGCGGCCAUCGUUCCCCCAGCUAAUUGCCUAUUUGCACGACUUUCAUGACGACCUGGGCAAGUACAUCUAGGGUGUGGUUCUCCCGACAUCAGCACGCUGCAUUUUCGGUAUGGCCAACGGAGAGGAACGUUCCAGCAGUGCCUCAGAUCGAUUGAGAGGGAACGGGAAAGCAGAACAACAACAACAAAAAACUGCAAAAGGGACGGAAGGCUCCCAUUUCACGCUCUCGGUCCUUGGGAGUGGAACAAUUUCCGUUCGUUUGCUGACGUGCAGCACAGUUGAAGGAGACACGUUCUGAGCGUCAACUUCACAGGAUGUGUGAUGGGUAUGUGACCAUCGGUUUUUUUUUUUGCGUCCAAGCGCACUAGUGAGCACAAAAUCUGUGGAACGUGACAAAAUCGUGGUCGUCGUCGAUCGUGAACGAGCGCAACACGUCGGACAGCAGCCACUGGUUCGCAAACGUGGGUAACCGAUCGCGAAAGAAGAGCAAUUGAUGCAAUAUUGAAGGUAUGUGUGGUGGCCACUCGCGGGUCCACACAACAGUUGUGGACAAAGAAUUUGCAAAAAAAAGGCAGUGAAAAACGAAACGAACGAAACACUGCUCCAAAAAAACUAGGCAAUAAAUUGAAACCAUUAAACCAAGUAUGAGUGAAAAUCGGCGACGGUAUCGAUCGAUUAUUUGCACCGAGCGCAACAACGUCCAGCGAAACACGCGUGUGUGCUUCACAGUAGAUAUGUAUGUUUGAGUGUAGUGAUUGUACUCGAUUUAAAGAAAUAAAUUAAGUGAACAAAACGCGUCGUUACACGCGUCGUUUCGAAGGGUAAACCGGGAUAGUAAAGUUAAGUGGAAAAAUAAGAACAAAAGUGGUGGAAAUGAAUCGGAAAGCGAGAAGCGAGUAAUAAAACUAUGUUAAAAGAAGUGUUAAAAAGAGAGAAGAAAAAGCGAACAGAAGUGACGUGAACUUAAACUGAGAAGCGGAAAAACAAACCACCAAAGCAAAGAGAAUGAGUGAAAAAAUCAAAAGCGAAAAGUGGAAGCAGACAAACAAACCAAAAACCAAAAGAGUGCAAUUCGUUAGAAAACAAAACAGAAAAAAAGAUAUAAAAGCAACAAGCAGCAUCAAAAUCAAAACUAAAACCAAAAACAAAAGCAAAGCACCAAGCAAAGAAAACUAACCACAAACUAUGCGUAGAAUGAUACAAAAACAAGUAAAGAAAAAAACACAAAACAAGGCUAAAUAGUUCGAAGGGGGGAAAAAAGGAAGAAAACAAAUCAAAGCCACAAAAGCAGAAGCGAACAAACAACAGCAAACAUUGAGUAAACUAUACACAUGUUUAUAAAUAUAUAUAUUUUGUUACGUACGGUUACGGAUUUUGUACAAGUGGAGCGAAAAGAAAAUGGGAAAUAGAAACUAAAAAAACACAAGAACGAAAAAAAGCAACACUAAACCGUCACACGACACGUACUGGUGGAAAAGUCAGGUGAAAAAAGGCACCUACGCAAAGUAAACAAAGUGGCCGAUUGUAAGGAUCAAACAAACAAACGAAUACAAACUAAAACUGAACUUUUGGAGGAACUAAAAAAGGAGAAAAAUGGAACAAAAUUUCCCAACCCACCCCAACAAUAGGUGACAAAUGUGCCGGUAUAGUCGCUAGGGAGCUUUCCAUGCAGGGCCAACUUUGUUGUGUUGCUUUUUUGCUUCUUCUAGCGUUUUGUUUCCCUGCGGAUGCAAUGCUUAGCUGCAAUUUACAGGGUUUUUCAGUUGAUAAGGCAAUAGCAUCCAUUUUUUAUGAAAGGAUUUUUAAAUGAAAUGGCAAACACAUGUAGUUGAUAUAGUCAUAGUAGCCGUUGAUAUUGUCCUUUCAGCGCUCGGGUAAGUGCGUGUGAUUUCCCUGUCAUCUGAAACCGUUUCCAUAUCAACUAGCUUUGUUUGUCAUUGCAUCUAAGAAGCCGGCCAUAGAAAUGGAUGCUUUUGCCUUAUCAUCUAAAAAACCCUGUAUUCUCAUCAAAAUGGCGAUAGUUGUAUUUUUUUCGGUUCUUUUUGGGUAGUUCUCCCUUUCUACUGGUUGUUCCUGUAGUGAAAUGACAUCAAAGCUUUCUUCCCUUUCACUUCUUAAAAAAUUUACCCCCUUAAUGGGUUUGCUGCUUCACUUUUCACUCACAUAAAAGGAAAAAUCAAGCUACAAACUGAAAAACAUCGCAAAAAAACCUUUCAAAAUCGCUCUCACAACACACUCACACUUUACGAAUGUGGUUUAAACCAAUGUAAACUUCCAAAAAAGUAAAGCAACUCUACCAAGCUGAACAGGUAAACUGAGCAAAUAGAAAAGAGAAAAACACUCAAACCAAGCUCGUUCUCUUCCACGCUUCUCUGUAGCAGUUGAGGUGGGUUUCGAUCGCUUCAACAAUGUGUUCACCCAGCUUUUCUUCUCGGUCAACAAAAGGUACUAAAUUUAAGGCACAAUGCUAAAACCAACCACUAUUGGAAGCAAACAGGGUAAUAGGUCUAUAUGCUGUUUCGUGUAACUAACCAACUAACUAACUAACUCAUCUGUUUCCGUUUACUAACCGAUUCGAAUCGAAUGUUGUAAAUGUUGUUUUAGUUUCGAAAAAAACACACACACAAAAAUCCUGUACAAAAAGUCACACAACUUUACUUAACUAUUUCGCUGUGUAUUUAAAACAAAAACAUUAAACAACUACAUAGAUCUCACAAGGAAAAAACGGCCCAAAACUACGUGUAAAUGUUAACCAGCAAUUUUUCUUGCACUCUACUGCUAGCGCUCUAAGGCACUUUUCUCACUCACUCUCACACUCUCUCUCUCGAUGGAAAUUGAAAAGCAGCAACACAUUUUCCGAUGUUCUCUAGAUGUUACUAACCUAACAUACCCUUACCUCACUUCACCAAUCCUAGAAAGGCUCAUAAGCGGUCGAAAAAUUAGGGUUUUGUUUUAAUUUUUUUGUUCUAGUCGGGCCGACACUCACGCACACAUCCAAUUGUAAAAUAAGAAUGUGUGUUUGGGUAUAUGUGUGCGUGUGUGUCGUUGCUUUCAAGACUUAAAAAUCAAACCGAAUUUAAGCAACACAUUCCUGUUUGGUGUUGAUCGUUUUCCGAACCUGGAACAUGGUUCUGUUGCUCUGUAUCUGUUUUAUCUUAUCAUAUUUUAGCUUUGUGUUUCUUUUUAUCUACAUUUAUCUAUUUUUAAAAUUAUGUGUAAAUUUUUCUAACUUUAAUAUAGAGGUUUUGUAUUAAAAGGUUCUGAAACAUAUAAUAGAGCUCUUGUACAGGUCUUGAUUGUGGGAUAUAGCUAUCCCGUCGUGGAAAGGUGCAAUCAUAUAAUGGAAUAUUGCAUUCAUUGAAGGGAAAUUUACAACUCAACUGUGGAACUUUGCAAAUAAUUGUGGAUUACGGAAGGUGGUAGCUUUAACAACAUUUUUGACUUAUUUUCGAGUAAAAUCUGUUCAAAUGUGCAUAGCAGCUGUUGAAUUUCGGACAAGCUUUCGGUUCAAUUUUGACUAACUAAAAACUUGAAACAAAUUAUUUAAUCGUUAGCUUUCAUCACUUCAUCGUGCUUGGAAAGAUUUAUAGCUCCAUGGUUGUGAUGCAAAUUUCCCCUGACUAAAUGCCACAUUCCACUGUAUGAUUGCAACUUUCCAAAAUAUCUGUAAUUUAUUUGGUUGAAACGGUGCUUACGUUAUUCUAUUAUAUUUCUUUUCGUGUAAUAUUUGUUCCUAAAAAUCCUUCUGUCCUAUCGUCUUGAUAGUUUUUGUAAUUUUUAUUUGAAUCUUUAAAACAAUUUUUUGUUUCUCUAAGCUGUAAUCUGCCUCAUUUAAUUUAAAAUUUCUCUCCCGCAACUAGCAAAUCAACUAUUUACAGGGGUUCAAUCCAUGAAGUGGAAUGCCCAAAUCACUCAGGAGAAUGUUUCAAACGGGUAAAGGAAUAUUGCAAACCGGUUGUGGAACUUUGCAAUCAUACAAUAGAAUCUUGCAUACAGUUCACAUCGCAAUUCGCUUGGUUGGACCAAAUACUCGAUAGAAAAUCCACAGCUUAUUUCAAAAUUCCACAAUGGGUUAGCUAUAUUCCACUAUCCAUUUGAAACAUUCCCCUGCGUGAUUCGAAUGUUCCAUUAUAGGGAUCGAAACCCUGUAAAACUCUUAUCACACACAAUAACGUAGAUCAACCGCAAACUCUAAUCCUCAUGCAAACUGUACCGUAGCGUGUCUAAAAAAACUUUUUCUUCUUGCAUGUCUUAGGCACAACAUCUGUCCCAUUCGCACACAAAAAAACCCCAGCUCCUUCUAACAGCGAUACGUAAAUUAACAUCGUGCAUUGAGUUAAUAAUGCACCAAACACUGUUAACGCAAAACACUGCCAAAACGAGAAAAGGAAGUUUAAUUGUAUUAAACAAAAAUGAAAUAACGAAACAAGCUAGCAAACUCCAGGAAAUUGGAGACAAUUUUAAACACUUUCUAAUCGAUGUUUGUCGUGUCCGACGGUGUUGCCAAUCCUCCUCCUUCUUGUCGAUUUGCUCGUAUCUGCUGCGAUCUGCUACACUUACUUAAAAUUUUACCGUUGUUUCAUCAUUAGCAUCCAUUAGAGAAACGAACGCAUCAAACUUAACACAAGACCAAAACGGCUCCAUCACAUUUGCACAGAGGGAGGACAAACUAACGCCACACUAAUACACAGCUAGCGAUUCGUUAGGGCACAUAAAGGACGCGGAAAGUUACCAGAACGGGGUUCGGAAGAUGGUUAUUGAUGCAAUGCAGAUUAGUGUAAGCGAAAGCUGAUCACUCACUGGUGAGGUUUGUUUUUUUUCCUGGAGGCGAAAGAACCGAACACACCACUAAAGCGUACCAUGAAAUGUGACGAAUAAAGAGAAACAUUUAUGUCAACUUUGAUUGUUGAUUGAAUCAUA